UCGAACUUUGCGGAAUCAACCAAAUCUUCAAAGAAAUUUCAAGUGAUCUCGCAUUCUUCGUGUCGUUAUGAGAUCAUUCCGUCUUUGUCAAUUGUUAUUGAUAACGUUCUUCCUUCAUCAAGCGGUUGGUCAACGAGAGGUUUACGAACGCUAUCCAGAUUCAGUUGGUCGAGUCAAAAGAUAUGAGCUGUGGUCCAACGAUGAUGGUAAUGGAGUUGGUGAUGGUAAUGAUGAUGGUACUGGAGCUGGACAAGAUGAUGAUGCUGAUCCAUCUCCCAAUGCAGGUGUUCCAAGCAACGGAACACAAUCAGAUCCGGCUGGAGACGGAUCGAUGAACAAGGCAAACACAACUACAGCUGAUUCAAAUGGGAGUCUGAACCCUGAUGAUGGAGACGGGAAAUCGUUAUUGACGGAUAGAAACAGUACGACUAGUUCUGAUGGUGGAGAUCCUAAGCCAGUAACAGCGAAGGAUCCUAGUACGACUACUACUGAUCAAGAUGGACUUGCAAAUGGAGACGGAAAGCCUUUAUCCACAGAAGGGACAAAUACGACUACUGCAUCUCCAAAUGGGAGUCUGAACCCUGAUGAUGACGACGAUGGACUUCCAAAUGUGGGUGAUGACGACGGGAAAUCUUCAUCUGCGAACAAGACCAGUACGACUGCACCUGAUUCUAAUGGACUUCUAAUUCCGAAUGAUAAAGGCGAUAAUUCUUCAUCGACGGAGAAGACAAGUACGACUACUCCAGCUUCAGAUGGGAGUCUGAACCCUGAUGAUGAUAACGGUACAUCUUCAUUUACGAACAAGACAAGUACGACUACACCUGCUGCAGAUGAACCUCUGAAUCUCGAUGGUGGAGACCCUAAGCCAGCAACCAUGAAGGAAUCGAAUACGACUGCUGAUCCGGUUGUGCUGACAAAUCCGCCUGUUGUGGUCCCUGUACUAGCAACUUCGGAAGAACCAAAUGACACUACUGCUGCUCCGGUUAUGCCGCCAAAUCCGCCUGUUGGGAUCUCUGGACCAGCAACUUCGGAAGAACCAAACAACACUACUGCUGCUCCGACUGUGCCUACAGAUCUGCCUGUUGUGUUCGUUGAUCCAGCAACUUCGCAAGAACCAAAUGACACUACUGCUGCUCCGGUUAUGCCGCCAAAUCCGCCUGUUGUGAUCUCUGGACCAGCAACUUCGGAAGAACCAAAUGACACUACUGCUGCUCCGAUUAUGCCGCCAAAUCCGCCUGUUGUGAUCUCUGGACCAGCAACUUCGGAAGAACCAAACAACACUACCGUUGCUCAGGUUAUGCCGCCAAAUCCGCCUGUUGUGAUCGUUGAUCCAGCAACUUCGGAAGAACCAAAUGACACUACUGUUGCUCCGGUUAUGCCGCCAAAUCCGCCUGUUGUGAUCUCUGGACCAGCAACUUCGGAAGAACCAAACAACACUACCGUUGCUCAGGUUAUGCCGCCAAAUCCGCCUGUUGUGAUCGUUGAUCCAGCAACUUCGGAAGAACCAAAUGACACUACCGUUGCUCAGGUUAUGCCGCCAAAUCCGCCUGUUGUGAUCGUUGAUCCAGCAACUUCGGAAGAACCAAAUGACACUACCGUUGCUCAGGUUAUGCCGCCAAAUCCGCCUGUUGUGAUCUCUGGACCAGCAACUGCGAAAGAUCCAAGUACGACGACUUCUGAUCCGGUUGUGCAGACAAAUCCGCCUGUUGUGAUCGUUGAUCCAGCAACUUCGGAAGAACCACUAUCAACAGCUUCAACAGCAUUGCCUGACGAGACAACAGAUGCCCCAGAGGAGCCUGCUACCGAAGUUCCAAAUCCACAGCCACCAUCACCACCAUCACCAGAGCCAGAGCCAGAGCCAAAGUCAACGCCAGAACCAGUCACGGAUGGUCCGAACGAAUCGCAAUCUACAGCACUGCCUCAGCAGACAACAGAUGCCCCAGUGGAUCCUGUCACCGAGGCUUCGCCUCUUAAUCCACAGCCACCACCGCCACCAUCACCAUCACCUGAACCAGAGCCAGAACCAAAGCCACCAGUGACUCCACCCAAAAAUGAAACCGUCGAUCCGGUCCACGAAAACGGAACUUCUGGCGAAAAGGAUGGAACUCCUGAAGCACAACCACUGAAGAGUUCGAGCAAUAAAAAAACACAGGCAGAAAAGGAUGAGGAGGAGUUGAAGAAGAGAGUGUUUGCUGCCGAGCUUGGAACCGGAAGUGUCCUUGUUGCAACCAGUAUUGCCGCCUACGUAGCUUCGUACAUGGCCUACACCUACGUGAAGAAGGUGGCCGAGUUGAGCGUUAAGCCAAAGAUGAAGAACAAGAGGAAGAGAAAGCAUUGAAGAACCUUAUUUUUUGAGAUUUCUAGAGAAUAAAUUUUUGUAAAAGGG